CGAUCACAUUGUUUCCCUACGCUCCAAAAAUUCUCCCCUUAUAAAUUCCCAACACCAACAUUUUUCAACAGACACACACUUUCCCACUACACAAACACGACCAUUUAAAAUUACUCCAAAGUUGUUAUUGCAAUUUUCCGACAUAUUCAUUAACGCAUUGUUUCAUUCAUUUUUAUACUUUCCAAAAUUUUCAUAGUUUCUAAAAAUGAAUAAGUUGCUUCAACUCUUUGUUCUUUCUAUGUUCUUUACAACUUCUUUGGUUUUAGUUCGUUCAGACUAUGCUCCGGCUUCUUCGCCUAAGUCAUCGGUUUCACAACCGCCGGCGAAACCACCAUCUUCAGUUUCGGUUCCUCCGACACAUUCUCCGGCGGUUCCUAAAACGUCCCCUGCAAAGUCUCCAACUUUAUCUCCGCCUUCACAAACUCCGGCGAUUCCUCCGUCGGGGUCUACCUCACCGCCGACGAAGUCUCCGGCAGUUCAGCCGCCGUCUUCCGUUUCACCGGCAGUCAGCCCAUCCAGCAAAGUGUCUUCGCCACCGGUUCCAUCCCCGGCGACUCCUCCGCCUACGGCAGCGGUGGCUCCGGUGAGUAGUCCGGUCGAGGGUCCAUCGGUUUCUUCUCCACCAGAGGCUUCUUCUGCAGGUAUCCCUUCGAGUUCGGCUACUCCGGGAGACUCUCCGGCGACCCUUCCGUCAAGCAAAUCUCCGCCUGGAACUGCGUCGUCGAGUUCUUCGCCGGGGAAUUCACCGGGUCCUGCUGCCGACGAUUCGGGUUCAAGUUCAAAUUUCGGGGCUCCGGCUAUUUUGUGCGGUGCCGCUCUUUGGUUCGCCUUGUCUUUCUGAGGCAUUUUGCUAUUUUAUGUGACUUGUCGGCAUUUUUUGAAAUAUUUAUCUGUUGUAUUUUAUUAUCUCACCGGUGGAUAAAGAAUUUAUUGUUAUCAUUUUAAUUUUUAGUUGAAUUAGUUUUUUUGACUA